UUCUGCUGAGGUAUGACCUGAUCAAAGCUAUUGGUAUAAAUUCUCAUCACAAAUGUAAUGACUGCAAUAUUUUCUUACAAAAAUUGGUAAAGCAGAAAUUAAUUAAGUUUUCAGAGUAUUAGCAAAAUGUUAGCCAUUUCUUCUCCUCCUUUGUUUUCUGACCAUUUUUGCUGGCUUUUGGAGGAUCCCAUAAGCCAUCAUUUUAUAAACACUGCCGCAGAAACUUCAGAUAAUUCAGCUGCUGCACUUCAUUCAUCAUCAUCAUCAUCAUCAUCUCAAACAAAACACUGUGAUUCAAAUAAAUUUGAUCAGAUUAAUAAUGGUGAACAUGUUCAUCAACCUGAUCAGAUGGUGAAGAAGCUUAAUCAUAAUGCAAGUGAGCGCGAUCGCAGGAAAAAAAUCAAUAGCUUAUAUUCCUCUCUUCGUUCUUUGCUUACAGCUUCUGACCAUAAGAAAAAACUAAGCAUUCCAUCGACAAUAUCAAGAGUGCUAAAAUACAUACCAGAGUUACAAAAUGAAGUGGAAAGACUAAUUGAGAAGAAAGAAGAGCUUACAGCAAGAACCAUAUCAAAUAAAGAAAAUUCAGCUGAUUUUAACAAACAAAAAAGAAGAGGAAAUGAGAGCUCUUCAUUAGUAAUUUCAGCAAGUGAAAUUGGUGAUAAAGAGGUAGUUAUUCACAUAUCUACGUUGAAGAUCAAUAAACGUUCAUUUGCUGAGGCUGUAUCAGAAUUAGAGGAUGAAGGACUUUUUCUACUAAAUUCAUCUUGUAUUGAAACCUUUGAAGAUAGAGUCUUCCAUACCUUGCAUUUUCAGCAGGUUGAAGGAACAAUGGUAGUUGAGCUCGACAUGUUAAGAGACAAGCUCUCAUCUUGUUUUGAGAAGGAAGACAAAAUUUUUAUCAGUGAGCACCCACGAUUUUAAAAUCCUGGAUCCGCCACUGAUUAGUCGGACUAGUGUAUUGCAAAUGUGAGAUGAUUGAAGCCAAAUUUUGGAAAUUUUAAGAAUUUGAGUAGCCGUUUUGGAGAAAAGUAUUCUUUCAGCCAUCGAGAAGAUUUAUUUCUUUUUAUUGUAACACAUUGAGUUACUCAAUCAAGUAACUCAGAUGAAGAAAUGGAUCUUAAAUUUGAUUAUAAAAAGAAGGUUGGUACUCUGAGAAAAGUUUUAAAACCAUGGCCUAUUACUUUUGUAAUACUUGACUUCCUUAUCUUUCCUGGAAUAUGGGAAUACCCUUUGACGCA